AUGGAUGCGCUUGGAAACCAUCUAGAAUGUCAUAACAUCAACAACUCUGAGUUACAUGAUUUCAUAGACGAUGAAAACUUUGAUCAAUUCAUUGAUCUUAUUCGCGGUGGCGAAGGUGAAGAUAUAGCUAAUUUUGAUUGUGAACUUAUGAUCAAUGGAUGCUUGGAUGAUUAUAACCUGUUCGGUCCAGCUAGUACUACUCCUCCAGGUCCUAUGUUUGGUUUCAAUGAUGCAUUUCUACCUGACCCGAGCACUUUUGUGCUUACUACAUUACCAAAUUUUGAUGAAGAAGACUAUAAUGAUGGGGAAGAUUCGUCUGAAACAACAAACACAAACACAACCACGACGACAACAAAGAGGCAAAAGGUUGAUCGGUCACGAACUUUGGUGUCGGAGAGGAAGAGGAGGGGGAGAAUGAAGGAAAUGCUCUAUGCAUUGCGGUCCUUGGUUCCUAACAUAACUAAGAUGGACAAGGCCUCCAUUGUUGGAGAUGCUGUAUUGUAUGUACAAGACUUGCAAAUGCAUGCUAAGAAGUUAAAUGCUGAGAUUGCAAGCCUUGAAGCAUCAUUAGCAGGAGCAGAUGAGCAUAUGGGAUAUCUACAAGGAUCAACCAAAACUAAAAACAAGAAAAAAGUUUCAGACAAUAACCAUUUAUUUUCUAAGGGCAUCAUUCAGAUAGACGGGUCUCAAGUGGAGGAAAAAGGUUUUUAUGUGAAGGUGGCAUGCAACAAGGUACAAGGAGUAGCCACAGCACUUUACAAGGCUCUCGAAUCUCUUGCAUGCUUCAAUGUUCAGAGUUCUAACUUAAACACAGUUUCAGCAGACAGAUUUGAAUUAGCAUUCACUUUGAAUGUAAAGGAUUGCGAGCUGGGCAUCAUCAACUUGCCAAAUUUGAAACAUUGGGUGGCUGGGGCUUUUCUGAACCAAGGCUUUGUAAUCUGAGGAUUGCAAAAAGUUCGAGUUAUAGAGGU